UUCCCUAUUCUAUCUGGGUUUCUUUUGUUUCCUUCUCCUUGUGAAUGCCCCUCCACAUGGAGUAUCGCCGCCUCUCUCAAAACUUAACUUAGCAAAGCUCCCAACUCUCCACUGCCUUUAUUUUCUCACAAAGUAAAAAAACCUACCAUAGGAGUUCUACUUCCUGCUCCAUUGCAUUGAUUUCUUUGAAAGUUCUGGCAUGGUCGAGGGUAGGAGACAGUUGGAGUGGCGCUUGCCUUAAUCCCUGGAUGAGCUAUUAGGAAUCUAAUGAAAAGAGAAGUGAUACAUGGAGAAAUAGGAUAUGGGGAAGCUAAUAAAGUUCAGGAAAAUAGUGGAAAAACAAUCUUUAUUUGGAAACACCAAGGGUUUUAACAUACUAAUUGUAUCUAAUCUUUGAAAGCAAAAUACAAGAUAACCUCCAUGUUAGCAUCUAUUUUUGAGAGUGGCAACGAGGGCAUGGAUAUGACCAAGGAAGCUCCAGAAGUACCCUCAUCACGGAAAAGAAAAGUGAGACAAAAAAAUAGGAGGAGAAAUAAUCAACAGGAUAGUGAUCCAGCUCAUAAACAGGCUGAGGAAGGUGGCUUACCAAGUACUUAUAAUUUGAAUAAUGUCUCAACUGUAUGCUUAUCAGAUGAAAGAAACAGAGAAGCAGUUUUUUUAUCAGAUAAUGGUGAAACAAAACUUGUGAACAAGGGCAUGGAAACAAGCACGGAGUCUCUAGAAGUACCUUCUUUGCGAAAAAGAAAAGCAAGAAAAAGAAGCAAGAGGAGAAAUAAUCAACAGGAUAGUGAUCCAGCUCAUAAGCAGGCUGAGGAAGGUGGCAUGGUGAUAACUCAUAAUUUGAAUAAUGUCUCAACUGUAUCUUUAUCAGAUGAAAGAAACAGAGAAGCAGUUUUUCUAUCAGAUAAUGGUGAAACAAAACUUGUGAACAAGGGCAUGGAAACAAGCACGGAAUCUCUAGAAGUACCUUCUUUGCGAAAAAGAAAAGCAAGAAAAAGAAGCAAGAGGAGAAAUAAUCAACAGGAUAGUGAUCCAGCUCAUAAGCAGGCUGAGGAAGGUGGCAUGGUGAUAACUCAUAGUUUGAAUAAUGUCUCAACUGUAUCUUUAUCAGAUGAAAGAAACAGAGAAGCAGUUUUUCUAUCAGAUAAUGGUGAAACAAAACUUGUGAACAAGGGCAUGGAAACAAGCACGGAAUCUCUAGAAGUACCUUCUUUGCGAAAAAGAAAAGCAAGAAAAAGAAGCAAGAGGAGAAAUAAUCAACAGGAUAGUGAUCCAGCUCAUAAGCAGGCUGAGGAAGGUAGCAUGCUGAGUACCUGUAAUUUGAAUAAUGUCUCAACUGUAUGUUUAUCUGAUGAAAGAAACAGAGAAGCAGUGUUUUUAUCAGAUAAUGGUGAAACUAAACUUGUGAACAAGGGCAUGGAAACAAGCAAGGAGUCUCUAGAAGUACCUUCUUUGCGGAAAAAAAAAGCAAGAAAAAGAAGCAAGAGGAGAAAUAAUCAACAGGAUAGUGAUCCAGCUAAUAAGCAGGCUGAGGAAGGUGGCUUGCCAAGUACUAAUAAUUUGAAUAAUGCGUCAACUGUAUGUUUAUCACAUGAAACAAACAGAGAAGUUGCUUUGUUAUCAAAUAGUGGUAAAACAAAACUUGUGAACAAGGGCAUGGGAACAACCAAGGAGGCUCCAGAAGUACCUUCUUUGCAAAAAAGAAAAGCGAGACGAAGAAACAGGAGAAGAAAUAAUCAACAGGAUAGUGAUCCAGCUCAUAUGCAGGUGGAGGAAGGUGGCAUGCUGAGCACUUAUAAUUUGAAUAGUGUGUCAACUGUAUGUUUUUCAGAUGAAACAGACAGAGAAGUGGUUUUUUUAUCAGAUAAAGGUGAAACAAAAUUUGUGAACAAGGGCAUGGAAACAACCAAGGAGGCUUCAGAAGUACCAUCUUUGCAAAAAACAAAAGCAAGACGAAGAAACAGGAGGGGAAAUAAUCGUCUGGAUAGGGAAACAUGUUCUGCUUCUCUUGCUAUUCGUGGCAAAGAGAAUGUACCCCCUGAGAGUUUAUCUUGCUUACUAGAAAUAACACCCAUAUGUCUUGUGAGGAAAAAACUACUUAUUCUUGAUAUAAAUGGGGUGCUUGUGGAUAUAGUGUCAGCUCCUCCAAAGGGCCAUAUAGCAGAUAUAAAGAUUGCAAAAAAAGCAGUUUUUAGAAGACCCUUUUGCUUUGAUUUUCUAAAGUUCUGCUUUGAGAGAUUUGAAGUGGGCGUUUGGUCCUCAAGAACUAGGAAGAAUGUUGAUAGAGUGGUUGAGUUUGUGAUGGGAGAUAUGAAGAAAAAGUUGCUGUUUUGUUGGGAUCUAUCCAAAUGCACUGCAACACAGUUCUGCACUCUAGAAAACAAGCAUAAACCCUUGGUUUUUAAGGAACUGAGGAGAAUUUGGGAAAAAGACGAUUCUGAACUUCCAUGGGAGAAGGGAGAUUAUAGUGAAUCAAAUACGAUGUUAUUGGAUGAUUCUCCUUACAAAGCCUUGCUUAAUCCUGCACACACUGCAAUCUUCCCUUAUCCGUACCAGUUUCAGAACAGCAAUGAUAAUUCUUUAGGUGCUGGAGGUGAUCUAAGGGUUUAUCUGGAAGAAUUGGCAGCAGCUGAUAAUGUGCAGGAAUUUGUAGAACACCACCCAUUUGGUCAACGAGCUAUCUCUCAAAGAAGUCCAAAUUGGGGCUUCUUCCUCAAGGCUAUCAGAUCAGUGUGUCCUGUACAAGUGACAAGAUAACGUGAGUCUCUGCUAGCAUUCAGUAUGGUUUCGCUAGCUCAAUAUUUAGUUCACAUGGUCAGCGUUUUAGAGAGCACGGGAGAAAGAACAGGGCAUGGCUUUCAUCAAGGUUUCAAAUUGCUAACUAGGAAUCAAAUGAGUGACUUUUUUCCUAAAUUAGCUUCAAGAAUAGAACAGGUCGAUUCUUUCUAUUUUUUGAAAAAGGGGUUUUCACUUUGAGAAGGUUUUAUGAGCUCUAAUUAUCAUGACUAAAUAGUAUUUGUGAGAGAUUCACCAAAUUUUGAGAUGGUAUGUGAAAUUUACGUUGUAUUUUAUAGCAUAUUCACUUGCAUUGAUCCAAGGGCAAUGAGGAUAUGAACAAUUGAACCUACACAUUGGUAUUUCUUUUUUUAUACAUUUUUCAAUCUCAUUCCACCA